GCGCGCAUAGGUUUCAGAAAAAUUUAAUUAAAUACAUUUUUUCUUUGACAUUAUUUAUUCUGUUUUUAUGAAUUGGCAUAUUCAAGACUAGUUCAGUCUGCAUGUUUUAGUGUUAUAUUUUUUGACGUAUUUGGGAUUUAAUGAUGGCUGGAAAAACGCUGCAGGUGUUGCUUUUAAUUAGUUUGAAGUUCGUCUACAGCACAGUGGACCCUCCUCGAGACCUGACCAUAACGGACCCGGGGCACUUAGGAAACCUGGAGAUCCGCUGGAGCCCCUCACAGGAGCAAGUCCGGAUGAAGGAGCAGGGCCAGUGCUUAGUGCUCUAUGAACUGCACUAUUACGACAGCUACAGCAGCAGCUGGACUAGUAUAAGGACGACCCAAACUUUAUUCAGGGCCCAGUUUAAUCUGGCCCGGGAAGUGAAAGUUCGUGUUUACACUGUUAUUUCUGGAGCCUGUGCAGGAGGUGGAACAGCCAAAAGUAAAAACUACACCGAAGUAGUUCAAAAACCAGACAUGACAGGCAUAGAUGGUCUCCAGGAUUUCUCUUGUCUGUACUAUUACAUGGAGCACCUGGUUUGCAGCUGGAAGAGAAGCUCAAAGAUGCCAUUGAAGGCACAAGGGGCACUCUAUUACUGGCACAAAGAGAUGGCACAUGCAAAAGAGUGCCCACACUACUUUAUUACUGGUGGUUUUAGGAAUGGCUGUAACUUCUCUGGAACAGAUUUACCCGCUUUCUCUGACAUUAACCUGUGUGUGAACUCAUCUUCAGACCACUCCAUCAAACCUCUAUACUCCAUGCUGCAGAUCCAAAACAUUGUGAAACCUAAACCGCCAGAACAGGUGCGUGUGGAGGAGGGUGCAGACAGGCAGCUGAUUGUACACUGGGACAGUCCCGCAGGGAGGAUACCCCAGCACUGUCUGCUGUGGCAAGUUCAGGCCAGAAGAGAGGGCCAGGAGGGUGCACACACUCUGAUCCCCUCCACAGAAACAGCAGUCAUGUUUGCUCUUCCAGAUAAUGAGACCAGCUGUCUGAGAGUUCGCUGCAUGUUGAAUAAGUAUUGUGCCAAGACUGGUGUGUGGAGUGACUGGAGUCCGUCCGUGUGCUACCCAGAGAAACCAUGCCCAGCAUCUUUACCAAGCCAGGACAUGUUUCCUAAGUAUACUGCAAUCACCAUCAUCAUGGGCCUUGUGCUAGCUUUGUGCAUGUGGACUCUCAUCAGACUGAGACUGUUGAAACAAGUGAAGAAAAGGGAAGCAUCACUCAUCACCCUGUUUGACAAGAGCUCAGCCAAGAUCAUACCAGUGGUUCAGCACAUUUAAUUGUGAAAUCAUGUGAAAUUAUUUUAUGCAAAAUUUAGCUUUAGAUUUUUAUGUUAGACUCGCACAUGUUUACUCUUAAUGUGUUACAUGUUUGUUUGCAUGUUUACACAAGGGGGGUAUUCCCUUGUAAGUGUUUUAACAAAUCUAGGUUUAUCCUGAAAUCCUGAGCUGAAUCUAGCACCAUCUUUAGCUUAAGCUUAAAGUUGUUCUAUGACAGAAAUAAGCCUGAGUCUGACCAAAGCUAAGUAAGGCCUGGAGUUUGAGCACUUUGUGCAUGCUUGCAGAGAGUCUGGGAAGGCCAGAGCAAUGGAGCAACAACAUCACAGAAAGUGGGUCAAAAAUGUGAUGUUUUUUUAUGAUCUGACUAAACGAGAGAGGAGCCACAGUGCGCACCCACAGAGUUUGAUUUGGACCACUGAACUAUUCCAGUCAAUCUGAUCUGAGGAGCGAGAGGAAAGA